AGAGCAACGAUAUCCUGUUGAGGAAAAUUGGACAACCGACCGAGAAGGGACCCGACUCAUUCUUCAACUCGCAUUUGCAAUUCGCAAGCUAAAACUGACGCAAGGAACGCAACCCAACGGAGACCAGAAAGCCAUAUUCAACCCAAAAGCAUGCUUCUAGGGUUUCGAAUUUCAGCACUCCCAUCAUUGCGUAGGAAAAUUUGGUGAAUUUAUCUGCAGGCCCAAUAAUAUGCGAGACGAUAACGAAAAUCGGAAUCGAAACAAUCCAUGGCCUUCCUCAAGCAGGCCCCCCGAAGAGAAAGAGGAAAGCAUGAGGCUUUGGGGAAUCCUCAUCUUCGGUUUAAUUGGUGCCACUGCCACCACCUUAGCCGUUGGACAGGUUCGGAGAACUUUUGAUUGGUUUUAUGCCCAGUUGACCAGGUCGCAGUCAUCAUGGAAGGGAGCGACAGGCAGUUCUUUCCGAUCAACUUUUCAGGAGGAAGCAUGGAAAAAAUACAAUCGCAGGAUGCAGGAGGAAUAUGAAGAAGAAAUGGAGAGAGUGGAGCGUAUUAGGCGUAUGCAAAGUGUUUUCAACAGAGAGAGGAACAAAUACCAGAGGAGCUACGAGAGCUGGAGGGAAAAUGGUCCAGGUGCAUAUCAUCAGCAUUUCCAGCGGGAUGAUUGGUAUUGGAAGACUGAUACAUCUUACAAAAACUGGAGGACCAAUGCCAGGGAAACACUAAGAGACAAGGCAACCUAUCCAUUAUCACAUCACUACUCAGUUUUGGGUCUUGACAGGUCGAGAUCAAAACCAUACACUGAGGCUGAGAUUAAGACAGCUUUUAGGGCAAAGGCAAAAGAAUUCCACCCAGAUCAGAACCAGGAUAAUAAAGAGGCUGCUGAAGCAAAGUUCAAAGAGGUAUUGAUGUCCUACGAGGCCAUCAAAUCGGAAAGAAAGAACAUGAAGUCAUGAAGUGGUAAACUCUGCCAAGAGAUGCGGAGGUUCUAAAUGUGCAGGCUGUCCUGAAAAGAUCAGCUGUGCUUUUCCUGCCUUGGCUUUAUGGAGGUAUAUCCAGCAGAAAGAGGAGCUGCAAAAAAAAUACUUCUCUGAAACCUUUUCAGAGUUUAGGUUUUGAUGCUGUAACUUAGGUCUUUGCCAAGAGAUGAGUUGUUAUUUUUUGAGUAUAGCAUAUGCAGCGAGGCUGCGUUUGUAUUUAAAAAGCACGAAGCUUACCUCCUUGCAUGCAUAAUCUUUGCCCAAUAAUCUAAAUUCAAUUUUGCAA